AUGACUCAAUGUACAAGAACUGACGCAUUUGAUUGGUGUAUACGGAAGGGAGUAAUUCCUGAAAGGAGUUUUGUGUUGACAGGGGACCUCACAGACACCACAGAUGGUACUAUUAUGACCAAGAUGUUAUUUCUUUUCAGGAUAAAGCAACCAAGGAUUGUUGAUAAACAGUUCAGAGAAAGUGGAGAGAUGUGGGCUGUAUUAAUAACUACAAGUCAUGACUUAGAGGCUGAGUUGCUUCCAAAAGUGGUGGCUGUGAGGUCUAACCCUGAUCGCAGGUGGAAAAUUUUAUGGCCUGAAAAGGACAGCAGUGAAAGGGCUGCUGAACCAUUAAUGGUGGGUGAUAUGUCUUAUCCAGUCAGUGGAGACCCCUCUACCGCUGUGGGAGAAGGGAGUCAAUCUCAGGGCAUUGAGGAAAAGCUAGGGAAUCAGUUAGAGGUUAUAGCUAAUAAAGUAGUACAUCAAUUAGAACGAUGGCACUAUGAGGGUAGCUAUAGGCGAUUGAGACUUUUUUCAGGAAUACUUCCUGUGCCUGUCGGGGAGGAAUCUUAUGAGGCAUGGAGAGAGGCAGCCAUACAACAGUCUGAGGAGUGGCAUUGUCCUGACCACAUAAAGAAACAAAGAAUAGUGGAAAGUCUACGGGGACCCGCUAUGGGAAUUAUCCAGGCUACUAGAAAAAGUAAUCCCGAAGCUGCAGUAGCUGACUACUUCCAAGCCUUAGAUUACACAUAUGGGACAUUGGAGGAUGUAGGUGAUUUGGUUGCCAGAUUUCACCAUACUUAUCAGGAGACAGGAGAAAAGUUAUCCCAGUAUGUGUACAGGUUAGAUAAAUUAAUCCAUAAAAUUAUAGAUAAAGGAGGGUUAGCUCCUGCUGAAGUUAAUAGCAGCCGAUUGAAACAGUUAAUUAGGGGAGCAUUAACAACUGACCCUGUAGCUCAACGGUUGCGUUGUACAUCUCUAUUAUUAGGAAGUCCCACCCUUAAUGACUUAAUUAAAGAGAUUACUCAGGAGGAAGCUUUAAUUGCUACUAGAGAAAAGACUCAUGCUAAGGCUGUAAAAGUGGUGGUUCCCUCCCCUGAGGCCCCAGGAUCACGGGAGGAUAAGUUAGUUACCUUGGUAGUGGAACAAAAUAAGAAAAUAGACCAGCUUAUUCUUGCUCUAAAUCAAAGGGUGGUACCAUCUAACUCUAAUUCCAGUAAUUCCACUAGGGGGUUUAACAGUAGCAGAGGGAAUUUUAGGAGAGGUGGAAAUUUUAUAAGCAGAGGGUGUUUCCGAUGUGGACAGUUAGGACAUAGAGCAGUGGACUGUUCCAUAGACUGGGGAAUGAAUGAAGGGGAAACUAACGUUCAGACAAAUAAUUCCUCUCCUCAGGGAAACGAUGGUGGGAGAUUGGCGGGCCCCUCGUCGUCUCCCCGAAAUUAG